CUUAAUGCGAACAUAACAUUUUGAAAAUUCUCUGUUGGUUGGAAAGCUUUGGAUAGGAUCAAUUACUGAUGCUAGAAUCAUAUUAGUUGUCUUAGUUUCUUAUACAUUUCUUUAAUGUAAAAAUCUAAUUAUAUCAAUUAGAUUAUUUUAUCUAUUAUUUUUCUGUAGAUUAUUAUUUAGCAAAUUCAUUGAAUUGGAUAUGUAUUGUCCUUUUCUUGUAUAGUUACUUAUGUGGAACAUUUACAGAACCAGGAGUAGUAAGAAGGCUUUAACUAAAUGAUGAAGAAUCUGUAAAAACAAUAUAAUCUAAUGAUAAUGAUAAUGUGAGAAUUUUUGAAAAUAAAGACUACUUUUAAGAAAGAUUUUGUUCAAAAUGUAAAGUUAUCAGACCUCCAAAAACUAAUCAUUGUGAUAAUUGUAAUAAUUGUGUAAAGUUGUAUGAUCAGUAUGUAUUUACAGUAUCAUUAUAGUCAUUUUACACUUAUGAGCAAUUGUAUAGGAUAAAGAAAUUACAAGUAUUUUAUAAGUUGGAUUUAUACUCUUAUCAUUUAAUUUAUAAUCUGGUAUUGUACACUAUUUUAACACACAUUUUAAAUGUUUAAAAUGUCUGAAGCUUUAGAAAGAUUAUAUUAAUCAUAAAUACUUUAAGGUGCAGUUCUGGGUUUAAUAAUAUCGUUUUAUUGUUCUUUAAAGUAAGAAUUAUAAUUAUAUUACAGUCGAAAAAGUAUUUUUUAGACUAUUAUCAAUUGGAUAAUAAUCAUUUGCUUUUGUGUUUGCUUAUAUCAAGUAUACAAUUUCGAAAAAAACUAUUAUGAAAACUAUUUUUGUAGUCUAAUUUUUGUAAUUAUUACUUUUCCUGGGGCUUCAGUGUAUUUUAUCUAAUUCAAUUAUUAUUUAGAGCUUUUGCUGUUGCAAUUUUAUAAUCUUAUCAUAUAUCAAUUGGAGUUAAUUUAAAUGAAUGGUCAACUUUAGAAAAACAAAUUAAUCUAAUUAAUGGAUUUUCUCAUUAAACGAGAACUUCAGAGGAUAAAGAACAAAUAAUUUAAGAUUAAAAAAAUUAAUUAGUAAUGGAGUCUCAGGAUGAUAUAGAAUUGAGAAAAUAAAUUAUAUAAGAAAUUAACGAUAAUAUUUAAUUAAAGGGCAAUUUAUCAAAAGAGAAAAUAGAAUAUAUUUUCUAAUAAAGAAAAGAAUAUCGUUUAAAUAAAAAAUAGAGUAGAAAUGCAAAUCUUUAGGUUUAGUUUCUUAAAUAAAAGGCUUCAUUAAAGAAUUAUUUUACUAAUUUAAUUAAAUUAGUUUCUGAGAAAUAAUUUUAAAGUGAGUUAUAUUGA